AUGUCCACCCACCUGCCCCCCUCCGCGCCGCCCGUGAUCUUUUCCCCCUCCGUCGCCCGCGCCGCCGCCUCCACCGCCAAAGACUGGUCCUACAUCGACUCCUGGCUUCUUUCCAAAUACGCGCCCCUACCAGCACAUAUCAAAGUGCCCUCCUUCGAGCGAGACCCAGACACUCUCAAGGCUCUCCUGGCCCUAGCCGCCGCCAACGAAGCAGCCGAUGAUUCUCGCCAGCAGAUCGCCGACCUGGAAUCUGCUGCUUUGGCGAAACUAAACAAUACCAACAAUAAUACUGCGACCUCCUCUCCUGCUGACCAGACCGUUGCUGCACAAGAAGAUCCCUUGACUUCAACGUCAACGUCAACGUCAGCGGCCGAGACUUACCAAGAGGCAAAAACCGCAAUCCUAACUUCCCUCUCCUCCUCCCUCACCCCUUCCGGCAAGGAAGCGCUAACGUCCCUCUCAUCCCUCUCGCAAACCCUCUCCCUGCCCCCCUCCCGAGCCGACCCCCUCCACCUUGCCUCCUCUCUCCUCUCGCUUUCAACUGAGCUCAACAACCUCGAACAGACACAACAGCGACUGGACUUGGUCAACUCGCACAUCACCCGCGCCACAGCCUCCAUCGACAAGUUACUCUUUCAGCUGCGAAAGGACCAAGGUUACAGCCCGGUUGCCGGGUUAGCAAAGGAAAAUCUGGAAGUGCAGCGACGGAUUAAAACGCUGACGGGACAGACGUUGCCGCAGUUGACGGACAGGGUGGCGAACUUGGCAAGUGUUGUCGCCGUUGCUGAAAGUGAGGGUGGUGCUGUUGGCGAGGAGGGAGGAGGAGGAGGAGAAGGCAUGAUGACGGUUGAGCAGGUGCGAAGGGAACAGGAGGCUUAUUUGGAGUUGUUGAGGCGCAAGCAAGAAUUGGAUGUUCAGCUCCAGCCGUUUCAAGGGUUGCCGCCUGAUACAGAGCAAGCGAGACGGGAGUUGGAGGGGUUGAGGGAAGAGUUGAGAUCGUUGACGAGUAGGAGGGAUGAGGCGUUUGAAGGGUUAGUUGAAGGGGGGUUGUCACCGGAGAAAGAGAUCCGUGGACGGGGAUAA